AUGGCAUUUUCAAACACGCUCAGUGGCCGCAUGGAAGAACUGCGAUUCCCAAGUUUGCGAUCCCCUGACACCGAAAGCCCAUUCAAUUCGAAUGCGUCCUCGACGAGAGACCAAAAUCCAUUUUUCUCCAAUAUACAUACCUCGUCCAACGACGCCCGCGCGAGCCUCCAACGUCGCUUCACGACUGAUUCGAGCAAGAUGCCUGUAGCCCGACCAUUCGGACAACAGUACAAUUCAAUAAACCCGACUGCGUCGAACCCUUAUCUCUACCCCCGACUUAGAUCAGCCGAUCUCCUGUCACAUUUCUACCCUUUGCGCAGAUUUGAGCUCAUCAUGGAGACUGAUUACAAUCCAAAGCAGGUGAAGAAUAAGCAGAUGUACGACGACAUUCAAAGCGCAAAGCGCAAGGCAGAGGAGCAAUUGCGACUCUUGGAGCUGCAGGAACGAAGCUUGCAGAUGGGAGCAAAUUCUCAAGAUCUCGAGCGGAUCUCUACCCGACUGAAUCGCAUCAGCCUCAACGGACCUGUCAGCGAGCCGACCACUCCGCCAGAGUAUGCCGAAAGCGGAUUCAGCCAUCGUUUCUCGCGCUCCAGUCGACUCUCAGUCAACAGCGUCAUUUCCCCUCCCGGUCUCAGCAAGCGCAUGUCACAGUCCAGCUCUCAGAUCACCUCACCUCCCGGCAAUCGUCUUUCGGGCAACGGCAUCUACAGCCAAUCUCAGAAGCCAAGUGCCAAAUCCGUCCCUGGUUCUCGUCGAGGAUCGGACGAAGACGAGUACUAUCCGGAAGACCUGCCUACUACACGCGCUGCUGCCACACUGAAUCGUUUUUCUAUGCCCGUCAACAGUAGUCGCCAUCCCCAGCGCCUAAGUCUCAGUGGUGCUGCUCCCAGCUCAUUCAGUCCAACCAAUACUACCAGCUUCCUCUUUGAUGAGGACGACGACAAGCACCUUUCUCUCAACGCAAUCGACCUGAAGUCUCCUGUCGCAAAGGCCUUUGCCCAGCUUGAAGGCGAUGAUACGUUUCCCACUUUGACCAGUGACGGUCUCAAGCUUUCCGCCAACUCUGCUGCUCUGGAUCUGGCAAAUUCAAGAACCCCGGAUCUUGACUGGACCCUGGGAUCACGGUACAGACCGGCUCAUCAGAGCAUGCCCCACACCGAUUCCUCCAUGUACCGACCUGUCCUCAGCAAUCUCAACAUCAGUAGCCCACCAGCGGAUCGACCGGCGGAUCUGACGCGUCGCAAAUCACAACGUCAUUCUCUGGGAGUUACUUUUGAAGACAACUCACCUCUACCGUCCAACUUGACCGUCUCACGUCCCACUUCCCUCCAAACAUCCUAUUCAAGCAACGACGUUCCUACUGUGAAGAAGUCCUUGACUCUGGAUUCCAUCCCGACCCCUCCCAAGACGCAGGCCGAACAGCAAUUCCAUAACCACAACGUCAGCCUGGGACGCAUUCCUGCAAACGCCAUGAAUAAUCGUCAGAGCCGAGAGAUCAUCAACGGAGCCGCCAAGGUUGAGGACAAGGCCAUUUCCUCUGCCCCACCAAUGUCGAAUCUCCACGCCAGUGCAGCACCAUUCAGCUCCACCUACUCAGCGGCGUCCGAUCCGAACUUGACGAACAUGACGAGCCUUCCUGCGGCCUACCCUCCUGCGCAGCCAUAUGUCUACAAUAUGCAAAGCUACAACGUCAACCAGAUGAAUCCUCAGGCUCCGGUUGGUGGAUCUGCUGGUGCAUAUGGUCAGAACCAAGGUGUCUUUGGGAUGAACAGUGGUUACAAUGCUCCACCUCCUCGUGCUGGCACUGGCCGUCGCAAUCACGGUGACGAAGCCCGAUUCAACAAUGUUCCGCUUGAGACUUAUCGUGGCAGUCUCUAUGAGCUUUGCAAGGAUCAACAUGGUUGCCGAUAUCUCCAGCGCAAGCUUGAAGAUGGUGAUGAGGACCACGCCCAGGCUAUCUUUGUCGAAACUUGUCCUCACAUCAUCGAACUGAUGACCGAUCCAUUCGGCAACUACCUCUGCCAGAAGCUUUUUGAGCAUUGCAACGAGGAACAACGUACCACCUUGAUCAACACGGCCUCACCGGCUCUGACCACCAUUGCACUCAAUCAACACGGGACCCGUGCUCUCCAGAAGAUGAUUGAGUUCGUUCACACCCCGGAGCAGGUCGAUACGAUUAUCCAAGCAUUGUCUGGACGCGUUGUUGAGCUUGUUCAGGAUCUCAACGGUAAUCACGUCGUUCAGAAGUGUCUCACUCGUCUUGGCGCCGAGCGCUCUCAGUUCAUCUACGAUGCCGUUGGCAAAUACUGCGUGGUGGUCGGUACUCAUCGUCAUGGAUGCUGCGUUCUUCAGCGCUGUAUCGACCAUGCCCAAGGCUUUCAGCGGGCUCAACUCAUCGCUCGAAUUACUCAUUGCGCUUUCGAUCUCGUCCAAGAUCCUUUUGGCAAUUAUGUCGUCCAAUACAUUCUCGAUCUCGACGAAGCGGCAUUCACCAAACCACUCUGUGAGAGCUUCUUCGGCCGCGUCCCAGCAUUGUCCAAACAGAAAUUCAGCUCCAAUGUCAUUGAAAAGUGCCUGCGUACCGCCGAUUCCGAAACCAAGGAAGCCAUGAUUGACGAGAUGCUUCGGGGCAACGAGUUGGAAAAGAUGCUUCGAGACUCAUUUGCCAACUAUGUUGUCCAGACUGCAAUGGAAUUUGCCGAUCCACCAACCAAGAUUCGUCUUGUCGAUGCGAUCCGUCCUAUUCUCCCACUGAUCAAGCAGACUCCUCAUGGUCGACGCAUUGCAAGCAAGAUUUUGAGUAACGAUGCUCAAGUUCGGUCCAAUGGUCCAUUGACUUCGAACGAUGCUCUCCUCACGAGAAGCAAUCGUCGCGCUGUCCAGAUUGUCGGUGGCGGCUUCAACGUUCGGACUCCAAAUGGUUAUGACACGGGGGACAUGUCCACUGAGACUAUUCCUUCCAAUGGCAACGGCUAUGGUAUGAUGCACCACAUGACCACCAACUCUAAUGAUUCCACGGUCAACAUGUACAACGCACCCUAUGCAAAUGAGCUUGGUCAGAAUGGCUAUACUGGGUACAUCAACAGGUCAGGCGCAAGCUCCAACAAUGUCCUUUGA